GCACGGAUGCUGCUGAGCGUCAUUUCCUGAUCUCAGCAAAACAAGGAAGCGUGGACCGCUAUUCCAUUUGUUUGCUUUGAACAAUGAGUCUAUUUUUACCCAAACUGGCCUGCAAAAAAGACAUAGAUGAGGUUAUUAAGGGCGUGGCGGAAAAAGUCGUAGUUUUGAGGUUUGGCAGAGACGAAGACUCGGUUUGCCUCCAGCUCGAUGAGAUAUUGUCAAAAACUGCCCACGACCUGAGUAACAUGGCGUCGAUCUACAUUGUUGAUGUGGAUAAAGCCCCCAUAUACACCAGAUACUUCGACAUCAGCUACAUCCCGUCCACAGUUUUCUUUUUCAAUGGGCAGCACAUGAAAGUGGACUAUGGUUCACCAGAUCAUACCAAGUUUGUUGGCAGCUUUAAGACAAAGCAGGACUUCAUGGAUCUGAUUGAGGUCAUAUACAGGGGAGCCAUGAGAGGGAAGAUGAUUGUUCAGAGUCCCAUUGACCCUCAGAAUAUUCCCAAAUAUGACCUGCUCUACCAUGGAAUCUAGAGGUGGAUCCUGCAUUUACUGUGGGGCUACAGAUGAUCUCCACAAAGCGACUGUUGAUCAUAAUGAUCUGUCACAGUUUGAUGAACUGAGAAAAGCAGCUUUGACUCUGAGCCACUGUGCAGUUGUAUGAGACUGUCCUGAUAUCAGCCUGUCUUGCAUUUUCAAGGUGUCAAAGAUUAGGAUGGCUGGAUUAAGAUCAGUCACAGUCUUGUCUAUAGCAUGGCUUAUGUUUAUUUUUCAGUAUGAGCAAUGUGAGGAAGUGCUGUAUUCCACCCUCUGAUUCUUGUCACUUUGUCAUGUGGGAGAAUUACAUUUUGGAAACACUGAAAUGUAUUAAAUUUUUAUAUUUUGUGAAUAUAUGGAAAAUAUAAACACGCGUCCAAAAAUGCCUUGUAGGACUUUGUUUAUCUAUAGUAAUGUCUGAUCAGUGAAAAUGUUACACUGCCAUGCUUUUCUGACUAUGUUUGAUAGGCAGGGUGGUAAAGAAGUCAGAGUUUACAUAAAUGAAGUUCUACAGUAAUUAUUGUCAUUAUUUUAAUUUCUUUUUCAGACUUGUUAAAAAAAAAAACAGUCAUUUUGAUGUUUCCCGUGGAAAUACAACAAUAAAUCAGCAUACAGUUAUAGUUCA